CGCGUGCUAGUCCAGGAAGUAAACUGUCAGCUGUGCGGAGCCGACAGGGAGACGAGGGGAACAGCGACUUUAGCCAGCAAAAAGCUGCUACCCGGCAACAUUUACCAUUCAACAGCGUUUUGUCGAGGCCGUCUGGAGGGAGAAGGCGGUGUUUUUCAAAUCUUCCGCGUCACUCCCGACCACAGGCUUCCCGCAGCAGACACGGUCAGGCUGUCAUUCAGGUGUGUGGAAGAUGAUGGUGGACUCCACAUUGACUCAAGUGGGCAACAAUCUGAGUGAAGCCAUGAGGAUCCUGGGGGAUGGACAGAGAGAGCUGGAAGUAGGGACAGAAAAGCGGCGCUACAGCAGAACCAGCAUCCCUGGACCCCUGCAGGGAGAUGGCCAGGAUGUUGCUAGUAUACUGCAGUUAGUCCACAACCUCAUUCAUGAAGAGAAAGAGGAAGAGGAGGACAAGCCGAGCCAGCGCAGAAUGCAGAAUGUGGGUGAACAGGGUCACAUGGCGUUGCUUGGCCACAGCCUGGCAGCCUACAUCUCAGUGUUGGACAGAGACCGACUCCGGAAGUUGACCACUCGUAUCCUGUCUGACACUACACUGUGGCUCUGCAGACUGUUCAGGUAUGAGAAUGGUUCAGCCUACUUCCAUGAGGAUGACAGGGAGGGUUUGGUGAAAGUGUGCCGGCUUGUGAUCAAUGACCGCUACGAGGACUAUGCCUCUGAGGGAUACACUGUUCUGAGCUCCAUGCAGCCUGUCAUCUACCAGAGUGCCUCCUGUAGGCCGGGUCUGGGACAGCACCUCUGCAGCCAGCUUGGUCUGCCCCUCUCCAGUUUGUGUACAGUCCCAUGUAACACUGUCUUUGGAUCCCAGCAUCAAAUGGAUGUGGCCUUGUUGGACAAAUUAAUUAAAGAAGAUGUGGAAGCUGGGAAGCUUCCUUUGCUGUUGAUAGCCAAUGCAGGUACCCCUGGCGCAGGCCACACAGACAAGUUGGGUCGUCUGAAGGAGCUGUGUGAUCAGUACAAAAUGUGGCUUCAUGUGGAAGGGGUCAACCUGGCAACCCUGGUACUGGGUCAAGUCUCCUCCUCUUUAAUGGCAGCCACCAAGAGUGACAGUAUGACUUUGACACCAGGCCCAUGGCUGGGACUGCCUGCUGUAACUGCUGUCACCCUCUACAGACAUGAAGAUCCAGCACUGUCUCUGGCAGCAGGUCUGACCUCCAGCCAACCGGUGGAGAAGCUGCGAGCCCUUCCUCUCUGGCUCUCCCUGCAGUACCUUGGCCACAAUGGCAUCGUUCACAAGAUCAGACAUGCCACCGCUCUGAGCCAGCAGCUAUUGGAGAAGCUGAAAACGCUGGCCUCCAUCAGAACAUCGGAUGUGCUUGAAACAGAGAUCCCUCUCCUUGAGGCUUUGACCAUGGUGGAGGAUGAGCUCAACUCUCCAGUGGUGGUAUUCAGAUUCUCCCAGGAAAUGAGUGCUGCAUCUAGUGGGGGUUCAGUUGAGGGUUACUGUGCUGGGGAGAAAGAGGUGCUGGAUGCCUUCAACAGAUGGCUGGGUGAGCAACUGGCCCAGCUGGUGCCUGUCAGUGGGAUAGAUGUGGUGGAACUGGAGGAUGAGGGUACCUGUGUUCGCUUCAGCCCCCUCCUGACUGCUGCAGUCUUGGGGACCCAGCAGAAGGAUGUGGAAGCUCUGGUGGAGAGACUGUCUGAAUUGGUUUCAGUGCUGAGCUCCACAAUGUGCCUUCGACAGGACUUUAGAGAGGAGACCCACCGACACUCCCCCUCCCUCAGAUACAUAGAGGAUCUCAGCUGGCCUGGCCUUGGUGUAGUCAGGUAUGAGCCACAGUCUGAGGGACUGGAUGAGAGCAAGAGAAAGCAGGAGGUGCAGAAAAUUAACAGUGAGCUGCUGAAAAAACUCCAAGAGCUGGACACUGACAUCAGCUUCUCAACUGGCCCUGAUUUUGGGACAGAGCAAGAUUGUAUAUUUGUAGGCAUGGUAACUGACGACGUAGAUAUUUCAGAGCUGGUGGAUACCAUAACUGCCCUGGGAAGGGACAUUGAGGAGAGUGGAAGGCUGUUGGAGAACAUGACCGAAGUGGUGAGGAAAGGCAUCCAAGAGGCAGAGCUACAGCUGCAAAAGGCCAACGAGGAGAAACUCAUGGAAGAGGGAAUGCUGAGGCAGCUUCCUGUGGUCGGUUCUGUACUGAAUUGGUUCUCUCCUGUUCAGAGCUCCAUAAAGGGCAGGACCUUCAACCUAGCUGCAGGUUCCCUGGACUCCACAGAGCCAACCUACGAAACUAAGGCCCAGACAGGAAGGCUUCCCCUGCAAGAUACCCCCGUCUCCUCAGCCAAGAGACAUUCAGGUCAGAGGUUAUUCCGGCGCUUAGGAGUAACCUCUGACUCCCACAGUGAAACAAGCUCCAUCGAACAAGCCGACGAGACAACCGGGGAAGGGAAUGACACUGUGACCACCACAACCCCCCCACCUAACUCACUCUCUGACCAUGAAAAGGAUUUGCCCAGUGCAGCAGGUGUGGAACCAGAGGAGUUGUCUGAGCCUGUCCAGCUGCAGAAAGAGGUCGACCUGGCUUCUGAGGAGAGGCAUCCUGAAGGCCAAGAGGCUGACCAGAGUGGCAGAUAGGACUCCUCCUCCUGCAGAGGUCCUUUUAUCUAUCCUCUGAAUGGUACCAGCCUAAAAGUUGUUGAAGAGAAUUAUUACAGUCUGAAAUCUAGGUCCCUACAACUUCCCCUGGUAAUGAGCCUCUGGAAAACUGAACCAGAUUGUGCCAUAUGUCUCUCCCACCCUGAUAUUUCAGAACUGUGACAAAAGUCACAGUUAAUGGAAAAACCCACCCUCAGAUACUCAAACACUGUUCGAUCUCUUUAAUCUGUCAUGUCCAAUGUACUGCAGGAAUCAUUUUGGGAUGAAAUGUAAAUUACUUUCCUUCAGGCAGCCCUGUGUAUUGUGUGUACAUCUCCCAUAAUGCCUUUCAGUAAGCUCCACAAAAGGGGCUUGAAAUUCCUAGUUAAAGGUGGUGGCACUAUUGACCUUAUUUACAUGGUGGCUAUUUUGCACACUGAAGGUGGAAAAUUGACUUGGAAGAUUGACAUAUGCAGCCCAUAAAACAUAUGGAGCCCAUAAAACAGCACAUCAAGGAAUAACUUACAUAUAAACAGUCAUCGUUCAUUCACAGUCUUGGGAACAACAGCUGCAGUGGCACAGAAUUUAACAGGAGAGCUAGCCAGCUAGUUCCCUAGUUUGUAAACUACUAACUAGCUAACAUGGCUCAACUCUGGGAAGUAGCUCAGAUAGGUCAAAUAUAUUGAAAUGCAAAGCGAUAUCACUCUCAAUCUUUGAGAAAAAUAAAAAAUAUGUUUUUUGCAUUUUACAUGUACAUUUUUGAAUUUAAUUUUACAAAUUCAUGUUGAAAAAUGUAUUUUUCAGUGUGAAAAAUGUAAAUUGAAAUGGCACUCUGAAGUUUUCAAAAUGGCUGCCAAGUGAAUAAGGUCAAUGAGCCCUGAAAUAAUUUGAAAGCAUGGAAUAUACAUUUAGCUGGAGAGAGUGAGCAAAAUGCUUCUGAAUCAUAAUGAGAAUCAGAAUCAGAAAUACUUGAUUCCAGAGGGGAUGUUGGGUAACAGGAAAUGGCCUGGGCUCAGAUUCAAACCCAGGUUGCAAUGGUCAGGAUUGAGCCUUAACAAGUGAUUCUCUCUCCACCAGAUGAGCCAUCGUGGUGCCCAGUUCUUGUGGCUCCUUUGCAUUUUGGUUAAUUGCACUCGAGGCUCCUGUGGUGGAGAAAUAGGUAUUGGUAUUUCUUUUCUAUGAUGGAGUUAUUCCUUUAUAAUUGUUGAAUGUUAAUUUGAAAUGGCAGCUCUAGCAAGAAGCCCAUGCUCUUUGACUCUCAGUGACUGAAACCAAAACCUGACAAUAAUGUUGAUCUUGUAGAUAGAUGAAAAUGUUCUACUAUAAAACUCCUGUGUAGCUGCUGGAAAUGUCACAUCAUCUGUGUUCGGCCAUUUAUACAUGAGGUUAACAAAAAUACACCCAACAAAAAAGGCCCAGAAAUGCAAGGUACACCAGCAAUCGCAGUAUUUUUAUGUGUUUUAGGGUGGCAUUUUCCUGAGGGAAAGAGGGAGGGAAUAUUUAGAUUUCAGAGUAGCGUCCAUCACAGCAUUGUGGGGCUGUUUGCACUAAUGUUCAGUCUCUCAGUCAGGCUGGCAAAUAUUUGAGGAAGAGGGGCAUUGAGGGUGUCCUGCUGGAUUUAAGAGCAGAGAUGUAGCCAAACUUCACACAGGAUUUUUUGAGGUUCAAGGACAAAUGCGGAAGAUGCAGGCUCAGGUUCUCCAGACCUAACUUCUUCUUGUCAUUCUGACUUAACCGGGAAUAAAGCAGCCAAAUAUUUGAGUAAUGGGAAUAUCGAAUACAAAUCCACACCUGAUUGUAAAUACUGCACACUAAACAUGUGUAUUUGUCUACUUAGUCACUAUAAUGAUUCAUUACAAAUCAAUAGUAGGAAUUGAGGGUUGUGGAAAAAAUUUAUUUGAAUUUUUAAAAAAACAAAACGUAUUGAUAGUUCCACUCACCUGCUUAGGACCUUAAAACACUCCUUUGUGUGCACUACUCUGAAAUAAAGGCUAUAUUCACAGCUAUGGUUAAAGAAAAAAGUUCCCCUCUAUAUUUGCACAUUAAUAUGGGACUGCUAUAAUGUAAACUUUAUGAUUUUGAUAUAACUUUAUUAUUUUGUCAUUAAUGCAACCUGCCUAAAGCAUUUGAGGCACUCCUGAGGAAAGCUAAAACCAUCCUGCCAGACCUGGGUGAAAAUACUCACUGUACUUUGAGAAUUAGUCUUUGAGCAUUUCCCAUGUGCCAUAGCAAAAAGCCAAACAGGCAGAGUAUGAACUAUUUUGGACAAUUGAAUUAAUUCUGUUAACUAGAAAAAUUCAUUCAACCAUUGAAAGUUGCUCUAGGCAAGAUUUCAGUGCAUAAAUCCAGCCACAUUACCAGCAUGAAUCAGGAUGUGGGAUUUCAACAGAGAAGAGUAAUUGAAAGAUUUGUCCUUUUUUGCCCAAAUUGAAUUCUGGUAGGUUAUGGUCACUGGCAGCCUUGUCCGUCCACAGAAUGUGAAUUGAAAGUUAACUUUUUCUGUACAGAGAUGCACGUUGGAAAUUCCCAGCUGUUGGGUAGCACCCUUCCAGGGGGUGUUCAUGUGCUCAUUAACUCAUAAAUAAGUAAAUAUGGUGUUUCUGAUGAGCACAUGAAGACACUAGGAAUUAGAACCACCGUGCAUUCCACUUGUCCAACACCGAUAACCCAGCGGAUGCCUGAUAGAUUGUAUGUGCGCAACAUGAAGUUCUGGUCUCCAUUCAACAGCUGUUGUUAGGUCAGUGAUAUCUGGCAGUAUUAGCUAGUUGGUUAUUAUAGUUAACAGCAGGGCUGGGCAAUAUAUCGGUAUAACAUCGAUAUUGUAAUAUAAGAAUAGAUAUUGUCUGGGAUGUUUGAUAUCAUGAUAUGGUAAUAUAUGAUGAAGGUUGUCUUUUCCUGGUUUUAAAGGCUGCUUUACAGUAAAGGGAU